AUGGAGGAAGUUGGUUUGCCAAGAUUCAAUAGGGAAUGUUAUAAUUGUGGGUUUUUGUUGAGGUUAAGCUAUCAUUACUGUCCGGAAUGUGGGACUGAGGCAGAAGAAAAUAAUGAGCACCAAGACUAUGAUGAAACGGUGGUUAUAACUGAGUAUUUCAAAAAGGGCUUUGAAUAUUCAGCGAUAGUCGAGAUGCUGGAAAAGGAACAUAGUGUCACUAUGUCAAUUCGUACCCUAAAAAGUCAUCUAAACGAGUAUGGUCUCAAGCACCGGAAUGUUGUUUAUGACAAAGACAUAGUAAGACAUCACAUAGAUGAACUACUUAAUGGUCCAGGGUGUAUGGGUGGCUAUCACUCUAUUUGGCACACACUCCAACUGGAAGGGAUACAAGUUCCAAGGGAUGUGGUUGAAGGAAUUGUCAGGGAACUUGACCCUGAAGGUUGUGAGGAACGGAAAGCUAAACGAUUAAAAAGGAGAUUUGUAUCCCCUGGACCUAACAAUUCGUGGCAUGCUGAUGGCUAUGACAAAUUGAAACCCUACGGCUUCCCAAUCCACAGGGCAAUUGAUGGCUGGAGUAGAAAGAUCAUGUGGUUAAAGGUUUGUAGGUCAUUUUCCAGAAAUCCCUGCAUCUUUUUAUCUCGAGUGUGUCAACAAGCACAAUGGUUGCCCAGAAAAAAUGAGGACUGA